AUGGAACCUUUGUGUGAGCAAACAAUAUCACCUCUAAGUCAUGUACACACUAAUGCACUAGUUCCAGACGAAACUUCUGCUCGGGUAAAAUCAGUGGUGCUUUUGGCAACAGCAAUGGUGUUAGUUAAAGAUGCACCUGGUACUUUUCAACUCUGUAGAGUGUUAUUAGAUUCAUGCUCGCAGGUCAAUUUAAUAUCGGAAUCGAUGUGUAAUGCACUUCAUCUAAAAAAGUCACGAAGUGAAAACAGCCUUGUUGGUGCAGGAGCUGCAUCAGUAAAUAUUAAACAUAAAACAAUAAGCACGAUACGAUCAAGGUUAAACAGUUUUGAAGCAGUACUUGAGUUUCUCGUUACCAAAAGAAUUUCUGGAUAUCACCCUAAUGAAACACUGUCGUUAGAAGAGUUGCAAAUUCCUGAAAAUCUUCAAUUAGCUGAUCCGACAUUUUACAAACGCCAAAAAAUUGAUAUGUUACUUGGUGCAGAAGCUUUCUUUUCACUGCUAGCAGUAGGCCAAAUAAAACUUGGUGAGAAUUUACCGACUUUACAAAAAACUUUGUUCGGCUGGAUUAUUUCAGGAAAACAUUGUUCUACUAAAGAUUCCAAAAUUGUUUCAUCCCAUUGUGUUGUCAGCUUGGAUACAAUUAAUGCGAACUUGGAACGGUUGUGGCAGAUAGAGGAACCAGUUCAUCCACCAUCAGUAUGGUCAGUAGAAGAACAGCAAUGCGAAACCAACUUUCAAAAAACUGUAGCUCUCAGUAACGAUGGCCGAAUUAUGACAAGGUUGCCAUUCAAAGGCGACACAAGUACUCUUGGAAAUUCUCAGAAAAUUGCAUUAAGAAGAUUUUUAUCUAUGGAAAGAAGACUUGACUCCAAUAUUGAGUUAAAAUUGGAAUAUGUGAAAUUUAUGCAAGAUUACGAAAAUCUCGGACAUAUGUCGAUGGUUAAGGAUUUGGAUUUAAAUUCUCCCCACUAUUUUAUCCCACAUCAUUAUGUAAUUAAACCAGAUAGCACAACUACUAAAUUACGUGUAGUUUUUGAUGCUUCAGUUCGUACAUCAUCACAAGUGUCAUUAAAUGAGUUAUUAAUGGUGGGCCCUACAAUCCAAAAUGAACUUGUAAUAACAUUAUUAAGAUUUCGAUUAUAUCAAUAUGGAAUAACGGCUGACAUAACAAUAAUGUAUAGACAGUUUUGGCUACAUCCAAGUGAUCGCAAUUUUCAACUAAUUUUGUGGCUUGAGCAUAAAUCGCAAAAUAUUUCAGUUUAUUAA